AUGGAGGAAACGUCAAAUAGCAGGUAUAAACACAAAAUAUACCAAGUGCCUGAAAGGGAGGAAUGCAAGUGGGCGAGACUGAAGGAGGGCUAUGUCCGUGUUGAUGUAGAUGGCUCGGUAGACAGCAGGAGAAAUGCAGCUUGUGGCGGGGUUAUUAGGGACGAUCAAGGCAAAUGGCUAUGUGGUUUCCAACAAAACCUUGGUUUUAUUCCAUCCACAACUACAGAAUUGCAAGCCAUUUGCAUUGGGCUUCAGGUUGCUAAACAAUCGGGUUUCAAGAAAGUUCAACUAUUCACAGAUUCAAUCCAAGCUGUUCAACUACUUAUGAAUGAUCACGGAAACUUCCACCCGGUAGGUGAUGUGAUCGAUAGAGCGAGGUCGCUGAUCUUCUCCAAUUGGGACCUUGAGAUAUCUUUCUCGCACAGAGAAUCGUUAAAAUGCGUUGAUCUCAUUGCCAAGAAGGCCCACCAAUCAAACUUUUCAAACACGUUGCUUCAAGACCCUCCCCCUGACUGUCUUGAGCUCCUUGUCAAUGACCUUCUUUAG